AUGAAGCUCCUCUACCCCACGUCCCUCAAGCUCGACGUCGACAGCCUCCAGGGCUUCUCGGUCGAGCUCGUCCCCUACGACGUCAAGACGGCCAUCCCCGAGGAGCACACCGACGCCGAGGGCCUCAUCACCUGGACCAACACGGCCGACAACCUCAAGGACGCCGCCGCCCGCCUCAAGAACCUCAAGUGGAUCCAGUCGCUCGCCGCCGGACCCAACGACGUCCUCAACGCCGGCUUCGACACCUCCAAGAUCACCGUCACCACCGGCUCCGGCCUCCACGACCACACCGUCGCCGAGCACGCCCUCGGCCUGCUCCUCAACGCCGCCCGCCGCUUCUACGAGAUGCGCGACUACCAGCUGCAGGGCAAGUGGCCCGGCCACCUCGGCGGGCCCCAGCCCGACCGUCCCGCCGGCGCCUUCACCACCCUCCGCGACGCCCGCGUCCUCGUCUGGGGCUUCGGCAACAUCGCAAAGGCCCUGACCCCGCACCUCCGCGGCCUCGGCGCCCACGUCAAGGGCAUCGCCCGCCACCAGGGCGUCCGCGACGGCGUCGAGGUCUACGGCGAGGACAAGCUGCCCGAGCUGCUGCCCGAGACCGACGCCCUCGUCAUGAUCCUCCCCGGCUCCGACGCCACCAAGAACGCGCUCAACGCCGAGCGCCUGAGGCUGCUGCCCAAGCACGCCUGGAUCGUCAACGUCGGCCGCGGCACCUCGGUCGACGACGACGCCCUGGUCGACGCCCUCGAGCAGGGCGAGGUCGGCGGCGCCGCCCUCGACGUCUUCGUCACCGAGCCCCUGCCCGAGUCGAGCCGGCUGUGGAAGGCGCCCAACGUCGUCGUCUCGCCGCACGCCGCCGGCGGCCGGCCCCAGGGAGCCGAGGAGCUGAUCGCCUACAACCUGAGGCGGUACCGCGCCGGUCAGUCGCUGAAGAACGUCAUCUGA